AUGGAAAAUUACACGCAGCCCUCUACUGACUUCGUCCUCCUGGGCCUGUUCCCCCCAUCAAGGGCUGGCCUCGUGCUCUUCAGUCUCACCUUCUCUGUCUUCCUGAUGGCCCUGGCUGGCAACCUGUGCAUGGUCCUGCUCAUCCUCCUGGACGCCCACCUCCACACACCCAUGUACCUCCUGCUCAGCCAGCUCUCCCUCAUGGACCUCAUUUACGUCUGCACCACUGUGCCCAAGAUGGAGUCUGGGUUCCUAUCGGGGAACAAGUCCAUCUCCUUCAUCGGGUGUGGGUUCCAGAGCUUCCUCUUCCUUAUUAUAGCAGGUUCAGAAGCGCUGAUCCUGAUGUCCAUGGCCUAUGACCGCUAUGUGGCCAUCUGCUUUCCUCUGCACUACUCCAUAUGCAUGAACACAAAAGUGUGUGUGCAGCUGAUCCUGGGAUCUUGGGCCAUAGGCGCUGUCAAUGCCUGUGCCCACACAGUGUACAUCCUCCAAGUCCCCUACUGCAGGUCUAGGGCCAUCGAUCACUUCUUCUGUGACGUCUCAGCCAUGCUGACUCUGGCCUGCACCGACACCAGGGUCUAUGAGUACACAGUGUUCCUGAGUGCCAUCCUCUUUCUUUUGUUGCCUUUCAUUGUCAUUGUACUUUCCUAUGGGAAAAUUCUCCUUGCUGUCUACCGCAUGCGCUCCCAGGAGGGCACGAAGAAGGCCUACUCCACCUGCAGCACCCACCUCACCGUGGUGACUUUCUACUAUGUGCCUUGUAUCUACACUUACCUCCGCCCUAAGACCCUCCGAUCUCCAGAAGAGGACAAGGUCCUGGCGGUCUUCUUCACCAUCCUCACCCCGAUGCUGAACCCUGUGAUCUACAGCUUAAGGAACAAGGAGGUUCUAGGGGCCCUGGGAAGAGUGACUCAGAGAAUCUGCUCUCUGAAAAUGUAG